UUCCACUUACAGAUAAAAAUAAAAUAGUUCCAUGGGCCGUCUGCCUCUGCUUCAUUUAGGUUUCUAAUUUUUGCGCUUCCAUUAGUUGGACGGCCACCGCAGUAGUAGUCUAGCGCCGCCUCUCGCUGCUCACGCUUACGUGAAAUCGGCAAUUUCGCCAAUUUGCACUCCGCCAACUGUUUCCCAAGUGCCGAGAGAUGGAGUGCCAAUUAUCUUGCUCUCGUGCUUUAUGAUGAAGUUGAGUUCAGUGUCCCAAACCACUAGUACUGCGAAUUUGCUCUAUUUGGCAGGUUCAUGCACAUUGUUAGCAUCGUAAUCAACUUUGUCAGUGUCAUGCUUCCUGGUCUGGCUUUCUGGUACUUGAUUUUGUUGUUCUGCCUGCUUUGUUGUUUGAAGGGCUUCUGCUUGUUUAGAUAGAUGGAGCACUGGUGGUUAACAUUUGAUUGACGCUGGUUCUCUAAGUGCAGUAUUUGCAAAGAGACAGUUUGAAUAACAACCAGCAUUCAAUUGGCUGUCUUGUAUGUUAUGCUAUCAGCCCAAAUUAGUGUCCUGAGCUGAAUGUUUUCCAUACUUCAUUAGGACAGCAGAACUUGUAAUUGUACUUAGUUUGUAUUGGGAAAAAUGAGCAGAUCUGCUCGUCAUAAAGAGAAAUAUGGAAAAAGUAGUGAAAUUCUCCAAGAUCACUACCAUGAAGGAACUGCUGCACGGACAAGGCCUUUAAGCUUUGAUGAGAUUAUGUUGAAAAGGAAAAACAAAAAGAAACAGUUUGAAAAUGAGAAAGAGGGAGUUUUUGAAGAUAUAACAGCAGAUGGAAGUGCUGAAAAGGUAUCUCAUCAUUAUGGAUCUGAUAGGGUUAAUUCACGAAGUAAAGAUUCUUCCCCUGGUGUCCAAAAGCAUUUGUCAGAGGAAGAUGCAAAGGCAAGUUCUAAAAAGAAAGAAGAAAAUACUUACAUGAAGGGUGACUAUGUAGCUAAAAGCAAAGAUAGAAAAAUUCGGGAUUCAGAAACCAAAUCAAAUGCCAAAAUGGACAAAGAUCAGAAAGUUAAAGGCAAGAAUGAUGAAAAAAUUUAUGACAGGAGAAAAAGAAAUGAGCAGCGAAGCAAUAAUGCAGAAUAUGAAGCUUCAAAGAAACAUUCAAGAGAAUUAACUGUGAGAGAUAGACAUGUGGAUGAAAGUAGAGGAAAUUUUGAGAGAGAAAACAAGAGAAAAUACGGAAAUGGAGUUUAUGAGCAAAACAGAGAUAGGUAUUCCACAAGAAAACUUGAUCCUGGAAAAAGGCAUGAUUCAGAAGCUUCAGACAGAAAGGAAAGGAAGGAACUAUCAAAAUCUCAUUUUGAGGAAUUAAAGCUGAAAAGAAGACGGUUAAGGGGUCAAGAGCGUGUGGACAGAAUAAGAAGGUCUAUUUCUCCAUUGCCAAGGUUACAAAAACGUGCAUCUUAUUAUGGUAGGGAACAUGGGGAGCCAUCCCCAUCUCAUAUAGGGAGAUCUGGAUGGCAGCAGUCUGAUCUUGACAAGAGCCAAAUUAUGAACAAUGGUUUGAGUGGCCAUUAUAAGAGACAGGGUGGCUCAAACAGUGGUCUUGGCGGCUAUUCACCAAGAAAGAGAAGAACUGAGGCUGCUGCUAAGACUCCUUCCCCAACCAAACACUCUCCCCCAGCUAAGCGCCCACCAGAGAAGAAAAAUGCUAAAUGGGACCGUGCACCAGAGGGAGCAGACAACACCUUUUCUGUGUCUGUUCCUUCUAGUUUUCAACCAUCAAAUCAAACUGCAUCCUCAAAUAUACGUGAAGCAGUCAGUACAGUUCCUGUUGCUUCAGCUACAGUCAAGCCUCUUUCGGUGGGUUCUUUCAAUAUUUUAUCGUCCAAUAAGAAUGACUCAGUUGACUCUGUUCAACUAACACAAGCUACCCGUCCUAUGAGGAGGCUUUAUGUGGAGAAUGUACCAGCUUCAGCCUCUGAGAAAGCUGUGAUGGAAUGUCUUAACAAUUUUUUAAUUUCUUCAUGUGUCAACCAUAUCCGAGGAAGCCAGCCAUGUAUUAGCUGCAUCAUAAACAAAGAAAAGGGCCAAGCUCUUGUGGAAUUUCUUACACCUGAGGAUGCUUCAGCAGCACUUGCAUUUGAUGGCAGUUCCUUCUCUGGUUCCAUAAUAAAAAUCCGACGCCCAAAAGACUUUGUUGAAGUGGCAACUGGUGAACCAGAAAAAUCAGUAAUUGCAGUCAAUGCACUAAGCAAUAUCGUGAAGGAUUCACCACACAAGAUCUUCAUUGGUGGAAUCCCAAAGGCUUUUUCUUCUAAAAUGAUUAUGGAGAUUGCAAGCACUUAUGGACCUUUGAAGGCAUACGGUUUUGAAAGCAGUGAUAAUCUUAAUGAGCCUUACGCUUUUCUAGAGUAUGCAGACCAUUCAGUUACAUUCAAAGCUUGUAUGGGUCUGAAUGGUAUGAAGCUAGGAGGGCAAGUAAUAACUGCAGUUCAAGCUGUUCCAAACGCAUCAACCUUGGAAACUAGUGGAAAGCCACCAUUCUAUCGGAUCCCUGAGCAAGCAAUGCCACUUCUUAAGAAGCCUACACAAGUUUUAAAGCUUAAAAAUGUGUUUGAUCCAGAAGCUCUCCCGCUACUCUCACAUACUGAAAUUGAAGAAAUACUGGAAGAUGUACGUCUAGAGUGUGGAAGGUUUGGCACUGUUAAAUCUGUUAAUGCUGUCAAGUGUGAUGCAACUCCCAUUUCCACAUCAGUAGCAUGUGGAGUCAAUGAGGAUAUGGAACCUGCUGGAUCUCAGCAAAACUUAGUGUUCAAGGAGACAAAUGCCAAAACAGAGACAAUGGAAACUGUGGACUGUAAAAUUGUGGAAGGCAGUGAUGCAGGGGAUGGUAAACCUACAAGCAAUCUUAUGGAGGACAAUCCAGGUCAACCAGGUUCAUUUAAUGUUAAUAUGGCUGUUGGCAACCUAUGUGACGAGAGUGUAUCCAAUUCUCAAGAACUUGCUCAGCAGGCCUCAAAAGAUGGAUCAGACUUCUCUGAUGACAAGGUGAUUGAUAAUAGUCAAAUGAAGGAUUCAAGUGUGGAAGACAAAUUGCCAAAUGGAGAAGGGUCAUAUUUGGAGGUAGUCGGUGGAAAUAUGAAGGAAUCUUCUGUAGGUGAUCACAGAGUAGGAUCAGAUGCGAUUGAGAAGGGAGAACAUGAGGAACAGAGUUGCGAUCUUGACCACAUUUUUGAGCCAGGCUGUGUUUUUGUUGAAUUCAGUAGAACAGAAGCCUCAUGUAUGGCUGCACAUUGUUUGCAUGGACGAUUAUUUGAUAACCGCACUGUGACAGUGGAAUAUGUUCCCCUGGAUGUCUACCAGAUCAGGUUUCCAAAAUGAAUAUAUUGACAAUGAAACUGAUCGGUUAACCCAAAUGUAGUGAGAGAUGUUGGCAACUGGCGAGCCUGCUGUCUACGCAUGGCAGUGCAGCACAUUUUAACAUUCUGAAGCGGUGAACAUUUGCCCAUGUGAGUUAUAGGAAACAAUCAAGUUUCAACCUGUUUGUUCAUUCUGAGGCCAGAGUUGAAUGGCUGGAAUCUGGAAUUACUUUCAGGUCCUGAAUUGGUGAGUCACAGAUUGGGUGUGAGGACCCUUUUCUAACACGUGACUGUUUAUUUUUUAAUUUUUUCCCUCCCUUUUAUAGUUGCUGGUUACUGAUGUAUUCAGUUUUCUUUUUGAACCAUACUGAAUUAGUUAAACUUUCCAUCAGUCAAAAAAGUGUGCGAUUUGUUACUAAACC